ACACACACCACGCAGACACAGUCAGUGAGUAACAGGUAGACUUGCUCCAUGACAUCCCCAGGUAGGGAGACUCGGGCUUGUUUCUACACACAUUUUAAACUUCUUUUCACGCACGCCGCAGCCCUGUCCACGCGCCUUACACGCGCUUUACCAAUGAGCAACUUUCCGACCUCGUGUUUACAGAGACUUUCCUCUGCGACACACGGCUUGUAAAAGGAUCUCGGAUUUGUGAGCACAACUUCGAACCUGGGGAUUUUAUUUUCUUUCUUUAUUCUCUUUUUUCUUGGAGAGGUUUAACAUGACGUCCGGGAGAACUUUUGGAGGACCGACUGCCCGGAUCGACUUGAAAGAAAUCGCACCUGAUUACGGACAGCGAUUCAGUCACAUUUAUUAAUUAGUUUUUUACACCCCCACCAGGACUAAACCUUCGUUUCGUCAACGAGGAAAAAUCUGACACACAGUGUCCGAAUAUUAUAUUUCAGUGGUUCGGAACCGGCGCUGUAACGGAGCGCGUAAAGCCAGAAGGGAAGUCACGCGUUCAGGUUCACGUUCUGCGUCCGUUUGCAUGACGCAGCUUUGGAGAUUUGUCGGCUUCGGAUAACCGAGUUAUGAUCAGGCCACCUGUUGAUUUCUGAGGAAAUGCAUAACCGCCGAAAUGUAACACCAUCUGAUGGAGAUCUAUGAGUGCACGAUUAGGACGGAGAGAUACAAACGUUUCUGGUCGCCUGAAAUCUUGUGUCUGCUUUCCUUGAACUGAGCAGAAGCAUAAAGGGAAUUCGUGUGUCUGGAAAAGUUGCACACAUUUGAUGCACACGUUAUGAGUCCUGCGUCCAGUCAGGACCUGUGCAGUCUUAUUCUUACUCUGCAACUGACACAGGAUAGCCAACAUUAAUUACUGGCCAUUUAAUUAGUAUUUUUGUUCCAGCAUAAGCGGUCAUAUUUUAUCUACUUUCUAUUAUCUAUGAUACCUGAUUUUCCUGAGAUGUUGUGAGAGCUGUCAUUAUUUAAAGAUUUGCCUUUUCCAUGCACAUGUCUCCAAUCCGACACAGACUUCUUGUGAUAAUUGAAAUCCUUCAGAAGUUCAAGGAAAUAGAGUUGCAUCUCAAGUUCGGCUGUGUUGACACACCCAGACGGACCCUGGAAAUUUUCUCAGCUUACCAGUGGUUGUGAACAGUGCAUUAUGCCUGCCUGGGCCCCGAAGCUGCAGCUGGGCCAAUGAGGCUCGCCGCACAGCGCCUGGCCGGGCUCUGGCCGUGGCUCUUCACGGCCACCCUGCAGGUGGCGCUGGGCCAUGCGGGCCUGGAGGUGGCAGCGACCCGCGCCCUCAUCAAGGUCACGCUGCUCAACCCCAAAGCCAUUCCCUUCACCCUGGAAGGGGUGUUUGCUGGAAGCAGCAGCGGAUUCGCUGAGGGUAAACUCAUGCAGUCUCACCCGCUGUCUCUGUGUAACACCAGUGAGGAUGAGCGACAAGAAAGCUUCAUCAGCAUUGUUAAGCUGGAGAGUCCAGAGAGCAAAGUGCCCCAGUGCCUGCCACUUCUGGAGAAAGCUCGGCUAGCUCUAAACAGGGGAGCUCAGGCUGUCAUUUUUGACAUCACUGAUGAUCUUAAAGCUGCUAUUGAGUUGAAUUCUGGCAUCUUGAAGAAGCCAGUGGUGAUGGUGAAGGCAGCAGACGCUGAGGAGCUGAUGGGACUGGUCAAUAAGAACGAGGAGGCCAACGUCGAGAUUAACAUCAUGAUGGAGACACCAAAAUGGACUCCUUAUGAAGUGGGAAUCCUCUCAACUGUUGUCUUGGUUGUGCUCGCAAUCAUUAUGAUCUUUGCCUUUCGCUCUCGCUGCAGGUCCAACAGAACUUGGGACUCUGUGCACCAGCAGACCAUGCGGGCCAUAAGCAGGCUGGAAACACGUACCUACAGCUCUCAGGGCUGCUCAGGAGGAUCCCAUCAUCCACGUGGUGGCCGAGGAUCAAACAGCAGCUCCGGCUCGGGCCCUAUGUGUGCCAUCUGCCUCGAGGAAUUCCUGGAUGGACAGGACCUGAGGGUCAUCUCAUGUGCGCAUGAGUUCCAUAAGGAGUGUGUGGACCCAUGGUUGCUUCAGCACCGGACCUGUCCGCUCUGCAUGCACAACAUAAUGGCAGGUGUAGAGACAAGUAGUCGUCCGCCUCAGCGAGUCCUAGGACAUCCGCCCCCAGAGCUCAGCCAGGCAUUCCUUCACACCCACCCACAACAAUACACAGGUCCUCACUCUUUCUCCCAGCACCCCAUUCCCUUCUCCCUCCGACCCAAUUACCCCCGCACACUGUCAGGGCCCUAUCCACAGCUGGGCGCCUACGGUGGCUCGCCACCCUACCACACUCGCUUAUUGAGCACCAGCUGCAGCUAUCAUCUUGCCCCGGAUGGGCACCGUGCCCGACCUCGCCACAGCUGCCGUAAUGUUGGGCACCACUACACAUCACAGCGUCGUCCAUGCCACCACUGCCAUGCUAACCGGACGCGACAUCAAAACCAUCAUCAAAACCAGCGCCACGGAGCUUCUCAGGGGCGCCAGGAUGAGGGCAGCUGCUCAGGAGCCAGCUAUGGCACAGAACGCAGUGGCUACUUCCCUGAUGGACCAGGCAGUGACUCAAGCUCGGGCCCAUGCCACGGCUCAUCCAGUGACUCGGUGCUUAACUGCACUGAUGUAAGUCUGCAAGGUGUUUACGGCAGCUGCUCCACCUUUCGUAGUUCACUCAGCAGUGAGUACGACCCAUUUGUAUACCACAGUGCCGGUUCUGAAGGUCCGACAGGUAGUACCAGGCCCCGAUCUCUAGAUUCAGGAGUGAAUCAGACUAGUGGAGGGCUUGGAUUUGAAGAACCACAGCAGCAACAGGCUGUAUUCAGCCAUGUGCAUUACCAUAGACACAGACACCACUAUUACGAUGAGGGUGAGCACAGUCAAGGACCAGGAAGAGGUUCUGAUGAGGAGCAAGGAACUUCAGGAGUAGCAGCAGGCAAUUCACCCAUGAGUAAGGACUCAACUCUAUGUCAGGGGGCACAUAUUGCCUGCCAUUGCCCCAAAACAGAUACUAUAGACAGGUGUGGACCUCCUGGUGGGGUGGAGGAUCGGGAAGCAGCAGCUCCUCCAUCCCCUACUUCCUCCUUACCUGGCACCUCAGUGCUAAUCUCUGCACCAGCCUGCUGCCACCCAGGGCACCAGCACUGCCAAAAAAACACAGGCUGCAGUCUAGAAGCUUCUGCCCCACCUAUGCCAGCUGUGCACUUCCAUCAGAGAGUGGAUCUACAGGACGAUUGCAGCAUCCACAUCCACUAUGGGCAAAGUCCUGCAGGUUACUGCUGCCCCUCUCCCCUGGGUGCAACAUCUACACUGCUGCCUGUACCUGUAAUCCUGGACUCGAGUGGGCUGGCAGAAUGGCCCUGCUGCAGAGGGGCACGAAGGGGGUGGCAGAAGCAGGUGCAACAGGCUCACUCUGAGCCACAGCUAAUGGGGACAGGCACUCUUUUGGACACACCUCUGUGCAGAGGGCAUCACAGUGCCGGGCAUGAGUUGCCCACAGAAAUUUGUCUCUACUGCCAAAGUGUACGCAAUAAUCAGGGAUCAGAGGAAGAGUCUGGUGUUUGAGAACUUUCUCCAUCCCCAAACCUCACGCUGCUACACAAGAGCCGAAAUGGACAAACGAAUCGGCCGUCUCUCCCUCUCUCUAUCUCUCGCUCACUCACUUUUUUCACAGUCUUCCAAAUAAUUCCACAUCUCAAGACAGGCAUUAUAUUUCAACAUCUCUCCGUUCCCAAAAUUGUUCUGUAACUAAUGUCUGAUGCUUUUAGAAAUAAUGGUUCCUCAUGGGUUCUUUGGAUGGUUAAAAGUUUAAGUUUUUCUUUUAUUGGAACCUGUACAUAGAAGGUAUCACCAAGAGGCAAAUAAAAAAAAAAAACCCUUUAGGGCGCUAGAUGGAACUAAGAGUACAGAGGUAUGUCAGUUCAAAUUCAAUUCCAGCAAUUGAUGAUAACAAUUGAUGAUAAUUGGUACUACUGAUGUAUUACAUACUCAUAACCCAAAAUUUGAAUCUGUUAUUUUAAAGGUUUUUUUAUUAUUAUUUCUCAGUCAGGUCAGACGAGUGCAUGCAUCACUCAGUUGUUUAGACCUUUAAAAAAGGGUGAAAGUGAUUUAUCUUGCAGUGUUUUGUUUUGUUUUAUUUUUCUUUUCGAAUCCAUUCAUUAUAUUCAUUUAAAAAAAAAAAAACAAGUCCCAGAAAUCCUUAGUUACCUCCAUGCGUCACUGCAAGCUGGGGUAGCAAAAGCAGGCCCCUUUUUAUCUUUAUCUUCAAAAAUGCUUCACAAUAAACUGUAGUGAACCAUUUUGGUCAUAACAGUAUUCCAGGUUAGUGAAAUAAAAGAAUACCCAUGUUGAUUACUAGUAAAAUUAUAUUCAUAACCCCCAUAUGACUUAAUACAAUAUCUGCUACUUAGAACUACAAAUUAGACCCAGCGGCUCUCUUUUACUCGUCUGAUCUUAUCUUUGCAGAACACUGAACACACCCAAACAUAUGAUAUCAUCGAUCAGAAUGGAAGGCGUGCAUGAUUGUGGUUAGAAUGUCAUUUGAAACGAUGAUGUCACUCAUUGUUCGUGCUGCACGUGAAAUAAGUGCCUGCCUAUCUUUCUCUCUCUCUCUCUCUCUCUCUCUCUCUCUCUCUCUCUCUCUCUCUCUCUCUCUCUCUCUCUCUCUCUCUCUCUCUCUCUCUCUCUCUCUCUCUCUCUCUCUCUCUCUCUCUCUCUCUCUCUCUCUCUCUCUCUCUCUCUCUUUUCUCCAGCCUACCUCAGAUAACCAAUCAGAAAUGUCCUGUUCACAUCACGGUACUUCAAAAGUAGUAAACCUCUUGCCUGGCACCCUCUCUGUUUACUUUAGAUAAGUGAGAGAUAGGGCGCUUUACAUAAUCUGUCCUCAAAAAAAAGGAUCACUGACUGUUUGGAGGUCAUUUAGGUUUUGGGUCUUGUGCUUGUUAAUUUGAGAAAGGCAGCUGUCGUCGUUUGUGUCAUGGUUUUUCGUUUGUCUGUUCGUUAUGUCCUUUUUUGUUUCCUCAGAUAAAAAGAAGCGAACUGACUGAAAACUUUAGGGUUGGCAAGGAUUUCAGAACCUACUUUUGGUCAUUUUUCAAGCUUCUUGUCAUUUAGUUUGGGCUGAGUAAGCACCAGAUUACCCAUGAGUACAUGCUUUUACCUCUGACCCUUUACCUCGUGUAUGACUCACACGUAUCCUUACGGAUACGGAUCAUUUCAAAAAAUGGUGGUCAGCCUGCAAGCUUGCCAAAGGUGCCUCUUUUUUAGACUUUGCUGCAAGAUUUUCAAUGUUUUCAUUACUUAGAAAUUACCGUACUCAAUGUUCUUUCAGAAGUAGGUAUGUUUUAUCCUCGGAAAUAUUUUACAGUAUAUUCACUUUAGAAUAUAUCAACAGCACAUUGCAAUCAAUAUGCAUAUUCAUAGCCAGUAGGCAAUUGUCUAAAGACAGCUAAUAAAGCAUGCCUUUAUAUAAUAAAUAUAGAAGGAAAUACUUGCAACUGUCAAACAAUCAAUUUAUGUACUACGGAUUUGAUCUUGUCAUUAUAUUAUGAUUCUAAUCUGGCAUGUCUUUACUACUGUUGCCUCUGUAGUUUGGACCUGUACAUUUUCCCAUGCGACGUUUUUUAUUGUCUGCUUUCAAGGUCAGACUGGCUAGAAGGGAAAAAUAAUAAAUCAUGACUUCGCCAAAUCACAAACACAUUGUAGAAUAGAGGGAGACGUCAACUCAUCAGAGCAAAAUGUUGUGUAUAGAUUAACCAUGGAAUUGAAUCUUGAGGAUUUUUUUUUUUUUUU